CGGCGGGCCGGGCCGGGCCGGGCCGGGCCGGCAGCCGCAGCCUCCGCCGGGCCGGCCGGGGCGGGAGCGGCGCGGGGCGGAGCGGGCGAUGCGCGGGGGCGCGGCGGCGGCCGGGGCGUGCGGGCACCGCCGGCUUCAGGGACAGCUCCCCCGAGCGCCGCCAUGAGCGGCCCCGGCAGCCCGAGCUCCCCUCCGGCCGGGGAGAGCCCUCCGGGGCAGCCCCUCGGGCUGGAGCUGCUGCGCUGCCCCUGCUGCCGCCUGCUCCUCUGGGAGCCGGUGACCGCGUCCUGCGGUCACUCCUUCUGCAAGCCGUGCCUCGGCGGGACCGGGCCGUCCCGCUGCCCGCUGUGCCAGGAGCGGCUGGAGCUGCUGGGCAUCGGGGCGGCGAGGUGCAGCGUGGUGCUGAGCGGGAUCCUGGAGCGAUGCGUGCCGCGGGAGCGGCGGCUGGCCGGGCUGGCGGAGCGCGUCCGCGACCGCCUCGCCCGCGGGGACGCGCGGGAGGCGCUGAGGAUGGCGCAGAGAGGGGUCGAGCUGGCCCUGGACUGCAGCUCCCUGCGGCUGUGCCGGGCAGAGGCCCUGGUGGCACUGGGGCAGUACCCACAGGCACUGGAGGACCUGGACGCUGUGUGCAGGGCUGAGCCUGGACAGCACGAGGCCUUCUUCAGGAAAGGGAAGGUGCUUCUGGAGAUGGGGCAGAGAGCUGAAGCCCUGCUGGCAUGGGAACACUGCCUGACACUGAGUCCACAUUUCCAGCUGGCUCGGAGAGAGAUGGAGAAGAUCAUCAUGGAAGACAAUGCUCCUCAGCCAUGCAUGGCUGCACACCUGGGUGAUGCUCACCUGAGCUCAGCUGGUUCCCAGGUCAAUGGAGGAAGCCCAGUGCUCCCAUCUGGCACACAAGCUCAGGAUCAGGUGGGAGAGCUGGCAGAUGGCCGAGGGGGUGCUGGGUGUGAGCACAGCCAGGACAGAGCCACCCUUUCCCAGCCAGGACAACAGCCAGACCUGGAGCCGUCGGCAGAGAGUCAGGGCCAGUGCUUGUUGGAUAACAAGGAGGGAACAGCAGCAGCAAAGUGUACCCAGCCAUGCCUUGGAGAGUCACUGAGCAUAUCUGACUUGGAGUGCUCCCUCUGCAUACGGAUGUUCUUCGAGCCGGUGACGACGCCCUGUGGUCACACCUUCUGCAAGGAGUGCCUGGAACGCUGCCUGGACCACCGGCCCAACUGCCCCCUCUGCAAACACAGCCUGAGAGAGUACCUGAAGGCUGGGAGGUACAGCCCCACGGUGCUGCUGCAGGACAUCAUGCUGGCCACCUUCCCCACACAGCUGGCUGAGCGCCGGGAGCUGCACCGGGCAGAGAUGGCAGAGCUCUCCAACCUGACCAAGAACAUCCCGAUCUUUGUGUGCACGAUGUCCUUCCCUGGCAUCCCCUGCCCUCUGCACGUCUUCGAGCCUCGGUACCGCCUGAUGAUCCGGCGGUGCCAGGAGAGCGGCACCAGGAGGUUUGGCAUGUGCAUAUAUGAGAAUGGGAAAAGCUUUGCUGACUAUGGCUGCAUGCUGGAGAUCCGUCAGGUGGAGCUGCUGGCCGACGGGAGGUCCUUGGUGGACACCAUCGGCCGGCAGCGGUUCCGGGUGCUGAGCCGCGGCCACAGGGACGGCUACCACACCGCUGACAUCGAGUACCUGGAGGACAAGAAGGUGUCUGGGGAGGAGCUGCAGGAGCUGCAGUGCCUGCACGAGAGCACCUAUCGCCUGGCCCAGCGGUUCUGUGAGCACGGGGACCUCACCUCCAGGCACAUUCUGAUGCAGCAUGGACCACUGCCAGAGAAGGAAGAGGACAUCCAGGCUUCGGCAGACGGCCCGACGUGGUGCUGGUGGCUCAUCUCCAUCCUGCCCCUGGACCCGUCCUACCAGCUGAGCCUGUUCUCGUGCACGUCGCUGCGCGCCCGCCUGUCGCAGCUGCAGCGCAUCCUGACGGCCCUGCUGCAGCAGCCCCCGCCGCGCCACCUCCUGCCCGAGCGCAGCCCCCGGGGCCGCGUCUGAGCCGGCCCUGCCCUCCCUCCCACUCACCUCCACCCUCGGGUUUCUCUGUGUGCUCCUCCACGGUCUGUGUGUGGUUUGAGCCCCACCUUCCAUCCCCCCCCAAAAAAAGUGACCUCAGCUGUGAGCCGGGCGCUCUGCCCGGCUGCGCCGUCCUCGGGGAGCUGCUUGGUGCUGCUGCUGCUGCUGCUGUGCUGUGCCACCAAAGGGCAUACUGGGCUGCAGAGCUGGCUUGUGUCUCCAAAGCCAAAAUCAAUGGCUGAGUGGCUUCUGCACUGAGGAGGAUUCUCCUUAGUGGGAGGACUGAGUGCAAGGAUUGCCUCAGUUUGGGUUCUUCCACUUUGAAGGACAGCUUAGGGGUUUUCAUAGAUGAUCCUGAUUCACACAGGAAAUUUAGAGGCUGGGGAGAGGUGGCACUGGGGAAGCAGAGAAGUUCCAAAGGCUUCCCCCAGCCUUGGGAGCUGAUGGCUCUGCCACUGCUUACAGCUUUGACUUAGUUUGUGUUUGAACAAGAAGAAAGGUUAAAUUAAACAACAUGAAACUCAUGGUCUUGAUCCCAACCACCUCCAUGGCCACAUGGUGAGGAGAUGGUUCUCUUUGAAUGCUCUCAGGUCCAGACACCCCCUUGCCACUGCUCUGCUCGGUGCUGUGCUCACCAGACCCUUCUCCAGGACACUGCCAGCUACCCCCUCAGUGCCAGCUCCAGUGCUGUGGAGUGCCGUGGGAGGGAGCAUUCUGUCAGCUUUGGUGCUUGUCCCCUACCCAAAGGCUGCUCUUCCCGACCCUGGCUGGGUUCAUGUUACAGGGUUGGACCUGCGGGCUGGGAGGAGCUGAUAGUACAAGGGAGUUGAGUCUGGAAGUUUUGUUGUGAACCUUUCUGUUCCUUGACUAAUGCAAUUUCCCCCGUUCUGUUUGUUAUGAGCUUUCUGCUUCCUCAGGAGAAAAUCAGGAUCUCAGCUGAGGCUGGACCCUUGCACUUGGGACCCAGAAUAGUUCAGGAUCCCCCAAAAGAGCACAGUGAAGUCAAAGGGAUCCAGGUCUCUGGAGAGGCAGAGAGGGGCAGGAUCAGUGACCCAGGCCAGGAGCCACAUUGCAGGGGAGCGAGUGCUCGGCUGCUGCUUGUCUCUUGACACGGGGCAAAGACUCUCUGGACAGACCAGGCCUCCAUGGAAAUCCUGAAGAUUGGGGAUUUUUGUCUUUCAUCCAUAAUUUCAGUGGCUUUGGGUUCAGUUGUAGGAGUGACAUCUAGUUAGUGGCUGGAUUAAGAUUGCUUCUGGAAUUUUAUCCCUGCAUUUCUCAAAGGCACCACACCCCCUCAGAGAGCUGUUGGAUGUGUGUGUGGGAGAGAGAAUCAGGGCACUGAUCCUUACUGCAGGUGCUUCUGGGCUGAGCCUGGGUGGGACACUGGGCAUAGCUCCAGAGGGGUCCCUGCUCAGGACCACCACCUUUCCCUGUCCUUCUGUCUCCAGGAGUGAGAAGUCCCUGUCCCUCCUCUCCAUCAAAGUGCCUCCCUGGAGCAACAGUCAGGACCAGGGCUGGCUCCCCAGGAACCUCUGUGAGCACAGGGCAGCUGAAGACAGCUCAGAGCUGGAUCUGCUCCUCUACCUUUGAGCCACAGUGCUGGCCCAGGAGCACCGUGACUCCCAAGGAGCCAUAUUCCUGGGGUGUCAGAUGGGCAGGGGCUGGGGUGGGUGAUGAAGGGAUGCUUUGCAGUCCCAGGGCAGGUGGCAGGAUGACACUGAAGUCCAGGAAGUGCCUUUCUUUUCCCCAGGGUCAAUGUGGGCUCACCCUGUGACAUCCCCACCCCAAGCCACUCACCUCCUCCCUGAGAGGCUGUUUCAGGGUUGAGAGGUCCCGUGGGUCCCUCCAGCAAGGGGUUGGCAUGGGGGGAUGCAGGAGAUCCCCUGUCACACUGGGGAGGAGCCAGGGCCCAGAGCCACCUCUGCCUGGCUGCUUUGGGAAGGGAUCCGUGCAAAUUGCUCCAGUUUGCUUGGAGCACCUUCGUGGUUUUUAUUACUGUCUUUGCUCUUGGAAUUACAUUUUCUUUCAGGUCAUUGAAAUAAAGACCUUUGUUGUUGUUGUUA